AAUACUCAUCACCCACCCGUACCACCCACUUGAUAACCCGUUGAAAAUGGCAGCAUAAUGUUCAGGUCAGAGUGAAAUUUGUUUUAAUUAGACAAAAAAUCAAUAAAUUAUUGAUAUCGUUGUGUCUGGACUAGAUCGUAAUCUAGGUUGUUUGUACCGCGUAUAUUGUGACGAGUGGCAGCGUAAGCUGACACACAAUGGUGCAGGAUAGUAAAAGUUCAUCCGCGGAAGCGGCAAGCCCCGAGCGGGAGGGCAAAAGCAACCUGAACCUGUCGGCCGACGAACUGAAGGAAGAAGGCAACAAAUGUGUCAAGGCGGCCAAUUUUACGGAAGCGAUCCUGCAUUACACGCACGCGAUCAAGCUGAACCCAAACGAUCCGAUUCUGUUUAGCAACCGAUCGUUAGCCUUCCUCAAAAUGCAGCAAUACUACUACGCCAAUGAGGAUGCGGAUAAGGCGAUAGCACUGAAUCCGACCUGGGCGAAAGGCUACUACCGGAAGGCGGAAGUAUACAUCGCAGUGGGUCAGUACGAGACGGCAUUGCUAUCAUACGCGAAGGCUCUUCAGUUACAGCCACAGGAUAUGGGUAUCAUUCAGGCUGUACGGAAGGCGGCCGAGUUGAGCAAUCAGGAUGUGGAGAAGGAAAAACGAACCCCAGCCAUGGGAGCUGCGAUUGGGUGUAUGGUGGGGAUGUGCAUUGUGUUCGCCGAUAUGCUAGUGACGGAAACGCCGACGAUUAAUCACACAUCGUUGAUGGUGCUAGUGGUUCUGGUUGUGGCCGCAAUAGGUUUCGGAAUAGCCAAAUUGAUUCGAUACUAUAGUAAACUGCAACGCAAAGGUUUACUGGAGCCUCCGGUUAAUCUACUUGAAGAUUUUCAAACAGCCAAAGAUGAGGAUACGGAAAAUGGUGAUAUAGGCGGAACGGAUCAGAAACCCCCCAGAAACCGUUACUCCAAAGCGCAGGCUAGACAGCGUUUUAAAAAGGGAAAAACAUAAUCUAGCAACUAACUGAUCGACUGAUUGAAUGCUAGUCCCGUGCUAGAUCAACGGAAACACAAAAUAAAAUACUAAGGAUCAACUGUCGCAAACGGGAAGAAUACGAUAUCAAAUUAUUCCUUUUCUUUUUGUAAAAGCACGUUAUACACAGAACUAUUUAGACGUCACCCCAAGUAGUGGCAAGUGACCGCUGACAUGUGCGACGGAGCAUUUCUCCCCCUAAAAAAAAUUCCUACAACAUUUACUACUUUUCAAAUCGACAGGAACGAUUUCUACUGGAAGCUAUGAGGAUUAGCUACUGAACCCAUUUUUUAUAUUGACUAUUAUGUAGGUUGUUCUGAAGCCCCUUUAAAUUGUAAAUUAGUUAAAUAAACUGCAACAUUUUCUAGGUACUUUCAUUCGCAAUUGUUAGGUGUUAUGUAAAGCAGUAGGUAAUAUGAUGAUUAUUGAGGGCAUUUUAAAUCAAUAAAAAUACGAUGAUAUGCAGAGGUCUGCAUGCGUUGAGGUAAA